CUGAAGGGAGGUGCUAAUAGAGGAGUUUCUUUGCACUCAAUGCAAAGUUUCACUAAACUCUUACAGAGCAGGAGCACACUCCUCUUCCGCUCUUCUGUCGCUUAAACAUUCAGUCUACUUCUGUUGUGUUAGUUUUACAUGAGACCCUUUAAUCAUUAAAGACUGUUAUUAGAAACUGUUCUGUGAAAUCCUAAAGGAAAUGAUAGACACGUUUCUGUUCUUCUGUUUGUGCUCAUGGAAUCUGGCUGGAGUGUUUGGUGUUGAUGCAGUGCAGUCAGUGUCAGUGACGGAGGGAGAUUCUGUCUCUCUAAAUGUGACUGAUGUACAGACGAAUGAUGAGAUCGAGUGGAGGUUUGGAGGACUCCUCAUUGCUGAAAUCAACAGAAAGAACAAAAAGAGCACAUUUUAUAAUGAUAGUGCUGAUGGGAGAUUCAGAGACAGACUGAAGCUGGAUCAGACUGGAUCUCUGUUCAUCACAAACACCAGAACAACAGACUCUGGACUUUAUAAAGUCAGCAGCAGCACAAGAAAUACUCUGCCCAACACAUUCAAUCUUUCUGUCUAUGCUCAUCUGCCUGUUCCUGUCAUCACCAGAGACUUUUUACAUUGUUCAUCAUCAUCAUCAUCAUCCUCAUCCUCAUCAUCAUCAUCAUGUUCACUGCUGUGUUCAGUGGUGAAUGUGUGUCAUGUGACUCUCUCCUGGUACAAAGGAAACAGUUUAUUGUCCAGCAUCAGUGUGUCUGAUCUCAGCAUCAGUCUCUCUCUACCUCUGGAGGUGGAAUAUCAGGAGAAAAACAGCUACAGCUGUGUGAUCAACAAUCUUAUCAGAAACCAGACCAGACAUCUCAACAUCUGUCAACUCUGUCCACCAUGUGCAGACUGUAUCUGCUGUUGUGAUACUUUUGAAGCUGUGAUCCGAUUGGUUAUCGCUGCAGUGGUGGAAGUGGCUGCUGUUGCUGUGCUGGUUUAUGACAUCAGAUCUACAAGAAGUGAACAACAUGGAAGAGACUAG